CAACAAGUAUGUCUUCUAGAAAGAAAGAUGAUUAUAUGAAAGUUAUAUCAAUGACUGAGUGCAACAUCUGUCACUUGGAACUUUCUGAUCCUCGACGGAUAGAGUGCGGGCAUAUAUUUUGCUUCCAUUGUCUUGGGAAUCAUGUGCGUUCUUCGCCUUCUUGUCCAACAUGUGAGCGACCGAUGAAGCCAAAAUUAGGAAAGGUAGAUUCCUAUCCUGUUGCUAUGGAAAUAAUACAUCUGCUGCAAUCUCUUCACAAGGUCGAAAGUUGCGGCAAAAUUGUGGACGAUGAAGAUGAUGAAAACGUAGACCCUUAUGAAGAUAUUGAUAGCGACAAGAUGCAGAUGACGGCCACAACGUCGCCUAACAAGCCCACUUGUCUUUUGUCUGAUGACGUAUGCGAUAUACAUGGACAAAGACUGGUUUCUGUUUGUACCACUUGUGAUGAUGAACUUAUCUGCGCCAAAUGCAGCAUCCAUUCUACGCACAAUAAACAAGACAUAUCUGAACAUAAUCAGUACCUUUCAAAUUUGCUCAGUAAACAAAAAGAUAAAUUACUUCAACAAGCAGAAGAUAAAGAAGCAGAAGAGGAAAAACUGCAGGAGAUGAUCGAAAAGCAAAUAAACCAAAAGGACACAAUUAAAGACGAGAUAGAGGAAAUCGCCGAGGAAAUGUUCGCACAAAUUCACAGGAAAAAGGAAGAAAUGCUUCAUCCAAUCGAGGAUAAGACAGAUGAGUUCGUUAAGCACCUGUCUAACAGGCAAGAACAAAGCAAAGAUCAAAAAUCAGAGUUUAAUUACAUAAGAAGUAAGAUAGGUAAUCUGUCAAUCGAUAAUCCUCUAGAUUUCUGCAGAAAAGCAAAAAGAGUACUAAAGCAAGCAAACAUUGCACUGCGAGUAGGAAACGAACCAGUUCCACAAUACCAGACCAUUAAGUUCAUCAGGAAUGAAACAGCUACCAACGACCUUAAAAAUCUCGUGCUAGGAGAGGUGAAGAUAAAUGGAGUAUUACCAGCGCAGAGUGAGGAAUAUGACAGGUCUGAGUGUACGCAGGAGGAUCUUGACUAUGAUGACACAACUCAAGUGCAAAACAAAGAGUUGGAGUGUGAGCUGAGCAAUGGAACAGAUCUUGCGCAACAAACUGCAACCCCGACCUUCAAACAAAAAGAUGAUCUCAUUUGUAUUGACGAAAAUGUUGAUGAGGGAACUCGGUCAAAGGAGGCCCUACCCCCUCCUUUGGGACCGAAACCUGAAAAUCCUUCAGUCACACAACACCCCUUUGGUCCACCUCCUGUAUCGCCAGCUCCAGAUGGAAAAAUACUAAAAGUAGAGUCACACUAUGCUCUCUUGAAUACAGCUUCUUACAGCAACAGCAACCAUUGUUAUAACACAUUUGUAUCAGAAUUACAACAGGAAAGCCAUUACGGCCUACUACCUUUUUUAUCUCCUUUCUCAGGAACAUUUCGAAAAUCUGUCUCCAUUGCAAUCGACAACCGUGCAUUUCCACAGAAACUCUGCAACCGUGUGUUUCUGCCGUUUCGACCCUCCGGAUUCACGGUUGUCCAAGGGUCUCAUGAAAACUAUUACACCUUUGUCACUGAUGAUCAUGAGGUAAAAAUGAUUAAACAAAAUGGAGACGCCUAUAGGACGAUAACAGACCUGGUUAAGCCGUUUGACGCUGCAAGCCAACAACGUGAGAAGUUGACGCCAUUGUACAUCACGGAUGAAGGACGAAGAACAGGAGAUGGAAGUGUCAGGGUGUAUACUUCCAAGGGAGUAUUCCAAAAAGUGUUGGUUGGAAAGCUCAAGAAACCACAGGGAAUUUCCAUAUCACGAGCGGGACACGUUUACGUAUGUGACGAAGCAAAUAUUCUUGUGUUUUGUCCAAAGACGGGGAAAAGGAAAAGGAUAAUAUCUACCAUCGGGAAAGAUCCAAUUUUUGAACACCCAUUGUAUGUGAUGGUGAGCGCCACUGGAAAGAUCCUAGUCUCCGAUGUGGGCACUAGGGAGCUCAAAAUUCAUGACGAAACCCGAAAUUACACCGACAAAUUCAAACCAGAUGAGGACAAAGGCGAGCUUUACACAAGCUUUACUCCUGGAAUGUGCGCCGAGGAUUCUUCUUCGAAUUACUUCGUCAUCGACCAGGGGAGAAACAUGCUAUAUAUGCUGCAAGGUGGAGGCAAGUCAGAGGGGCUACCGUUACCACAAAACCCCAAAGACCACCAUGGUAUACCGACAGCGGUAUCCUUCGCCAACGAUACGGGAAACAUUGUCGUUUUUUGAUAAAAACCGAACCCUUGUGUAUCGUCUACAUAUCAUGCGCUAUAACAAGUGUUUGAUGUGAAGCAAAGUUUGUACGUCGCAUAGAAAAUACACAGGGUAAUCUGGUUGGUUGGAUUGAUGGAAGCUAUUUGAACAUUUGUUUUGUCAUAAUCUGGCAAAGGGACUAGUCGAAACAAUACUUGUGUAUACAGUUAAGUGUUUAUGAAUUUAUGUUUCCAACCUGAUGAAUCUCAUGGAAUGAAUUUGUCUUCAUAAUUGCUAUUUUGUUUUAAAAAAAGUAUCGACCAUGUGAUCGAACUUGGGCUGCAUUCUUGUUGAUUUCAUACCUUUAUCGAGGCCUCAAAAGUGUUUUAUCCAUGCAAGCAGGGUAACAUUAGAGUAAGUGAGAGAAAUAUAUAUUACUUGUAUAUUUACUUUUAUUAGGUUAAGUCAUCAGUUAUUUCAGAAACUUUAUUUAUAAUUUGUAUUUAUUUUUAAAAUGGAUUUCCAUGUUAUGUUUGAUUUUUUUCAAUGUAUAAAGCUUGACAUCACUUUUAUAUGCAU